CGUCGGGCGUGGCCGGCCGGAAGGCGAGGGCAGCGAGCGUCGGGUUCCGCGCCGCGCGGAGAGCCAUGGUCCUCCGGCGGCUGCUGGCGGCCCUGCUGCACAGCCCGCAGCUGGUGGAGCGGCUGGCCGAGUCGCGGCCCAUCCGGCGGGCGGCGCAGCUCACAGCCUUCGCGCUGCUGCAGCUGCAGCUGCGCGGCCACGAUGCAGCCCGCCGCCUGCGCGCCCUCGCGGAUCAGCCCCCGGGUGCCCUGCGUCGCCGCGCCGCGAGGUUCAAGGACACUUUCACCGAGGAACUCCGCCGUGGCGUCCGGGAGCGUUCAGGGCAGCAGAAGGGUCCGGGCGCCAAAGCGUAAGCACGGACUGGACCCUCCCCGGCCGAGGUCACGGACGCGUCCCUUCAGUCAUCUACACCGACCUCGGCAGUCACGAGCCAUCUCCAGGACGCUACGCUGCUUCGAAUCCUAACUCGGAUUGUCCUACAGAUGCCUGAAGUCAAAGGGACGCGUGCCCGGUAGUCCUGCAGACGGAAAGACCUCGAGGCCCACCGGUGAUAGAGAAUCUAGACCAUAACAUAGCACGACUGAGAGCCAUGGACCAACAACCAGAAAGCAAGCCUGCCGUCUGCAAGCAGGACUGAAGCUGAAUUCCUGCUGCUGCAUCUGCACUGGUGCAGGAGAAUACCGGGGGAGCUUGUAGAUGGAACGACAACCCCGAGGUUGCCAAAAUCUUUCAUUAAAUGUGUAAGCUGA